AUGGAUGACGAGUUAAAUAUCACAUACAUAACUCUUAGCGGGUAUGUGGAAGUUAAUAAAUACAGAUAUGUUUAUUUUUUGAUUAUGUUUACUAUAUAUAUUCUAAUAAUCUGCUUUAAUUCUACUAUUGUGUACCUGAUCGUGAUUCACAAGAACCUCCAUGAACCUAUGUACAUUUUCAUUGGAGCUUUGCUUCUGAACUGUGUUCUUUACAGCACUACUAUCUACCCAAAACUUCUGAUUGAUUUUAUAUCAGAAAAACAGAUUAUAUCUUAUUCAGCCUGCAUCUUUCAGUUUUUUAUAGUCUACUUUAUAGGCAGUUCAGAGUUCUUACUGUUGUCAGCCAUGGCCUAUGACAGGUAUGUAUCUAUAUGUAAACCUCUGCAAUAUCCAACUAUCAUGACAAAAAACACUAUUGUUGUUUUCCUGGUUUUAGGUUGGCUUAUACCUGCUUGCCAUAUUGCAGUCCCAGCAAUAGUCAGUGCUAAAACUAAACUGUGUAACUUUACUUUAAAGGGAAUACUUUGCAACAAUUCAAUUUACAGACUUCAAUGUGUAAGAUCAAGUUUCAUUACUACAUAUGGUGUAAUCGCUUUAUUAGAUCUUGCAAUAUUCCCUAUGCUCUUUAUAAUUUUCACCUAUACGAGGAUACUAUUAAUAUCUUAUCGAAGUUGUAAAGAAGUCAGGAAAAAAGCUGCAGAGACCUGUUUACCUCACCUGUUGGUUUUAAUCAGUUUCUCCUUUUUGAGUGCAUAUGAUAUCAGUGUGGCUCGAGUGGAAUCCAACUUUUCAAAAACUGCUCGAUUAAUAAUGACACUACAAACAGUUUUGUAUCAUCCUUUGUUUAAUCCACUCAUAUAUGGGCUCAAAAUGAAAGAGAUUUCUAAACAACUCAAAAGGUUGUUUUGUCCAGACAAAAUCAUCUGAUGUAUUAACAAAGAUUUUGUAAAGUGCAGUGAUUUCUUCUGAACUAAUCAUGCAGAGAUGUGAAUUCUGGAAUGGUGUUUUAUUAAAUUAAUUUUUUCAUUUACAUUUGUUUCCAUUACUGUUUACUGUUCAUUAUGGAAACAGUAAAGAGUAUCUUGAAAAUGAACCAUGUAAUAACUAAUAAGUUCAAGUCAUCACAACUUUCAUUGUGUUUUUUCACUGUAUUUUGAUUUACGGUCAUUGUCAUGUCAAUUGGGUGCAUUGAUGAAGUUCAUAUUGAUUACAAGGUCAAUGUUUAAAUAUUGAAUGUCACCAAUGUCCUAACAACACUGAGUGUCUAUAUGUCUGUGUUCCAGAGAUCAGAGUAUCAAUGAUGUUUACUGUUUCCUUUUUUUGUCUUCCAUUGCUGCGCAUGCUGAGUACAUAGAAAAUGAUUGUUUUUUGCUUUAAGCUAAUACUUGAAAGUGAAUGAGUGUGUGAGGGUAAACGUGUGUGUAGUAGUUGGUGCUUCAGCAUCUGUUAUGAUUUUAUUAUCAGAGAUCUGAUAGUCAACACUUUGAAAAAGAAAAAGAACCAUACUGUGGCUGUCAGGUAGUUAUUUCCUUAUGAUUUAUGGAAAACAGUGCUGGACAGUACAUUUACUCAAAUACUGUACAGAAGUAGAAUUUUAAGGAACUAGUAUUUCCAUUCAAUGGCACUUUACAGAUCUGCUCCACUAUAUCUCAGUGGGAAAUACUGUAGUUUUUACGGCACAAUAUUUAUGUGACAGCUAGAGGUACUAAUUACGUUUCUGGUUAAGAAUUAUUAUUUAUAAUUAAGAAUUUUGCAAACUUAUGGUUUCAGUUCAGUAACUGUUCAAAUUAUUCAAUAUUUCACAAAAAAUAAAAUUGCAAAACAAAUCAGUGUGAUGACCCCUCAGA